AUGAAGGAUUCGAAGGAUACGUUCGAAGAAGCAAUUGACGAUGAACGAAUUGAAAUGGAGCAGCCUCGUGAAGAAGAAGAUGUUGAAUACGCAACGAGUGUGAAGAUAGCCAAAAGACAAGCGAUUCUAUCGCAAUUCACAGAGGAUCAGAUGAGCAGAUACGAAUCUUUCAGGAGAUCUACUCUUAGCAAAUCAAACAUGAAGACGUUAAUAAAGAGUAUCACAGGGAUUAACAGCUUGAAGGACGACGACCCUGUGGUUUCAGUUGUUCGUGGUAUCGCAAAGAUGUUUGCCGGUGACCUCGUGGAGACAGCUCGAAUAGUUAUGAGUAAAAGCAAUGAAACAGGACCUAUAAGACCUUGUCAUAUCAGAGAAUCCUAUCGUAGACUUAAGCUCCAAGGCAAAGUCCCUCGAAGAUCUGUUCCACGGCUUUUCCGCUAA